AUACAUACAUACAUACCUAACCUAUAGUUUAUACUGUGCCGAGACCGGAGACGUUUGUCGUUUCGCACCGACUCGAUUUGUCGAUUCUAGCUUUUCUUCCACCGUUUGGCUGUAAUCUCGACUAUAACGUUAACGUGUGUUGUAGAUACAAAUUCAGAGAUUGGUCGUAAAACUUUGGCUCUAGAGGGUUCAAGAGUUUUCUCUCUGCCUUGGCUUUUCUCUCAUCAUAAUAAAGCAUGUCGAUGCUGUUUCGAAGAAUCGUUAACAAAUUGCAAAGAGCUGCAGCGUGCCCUGCAUCAUUGAAAUAUUGCACGAGUUUAGAAAAUGGGGCAAAAGUUGAAUAUGCUCCAAUUAUAUCCAAGAUACGGUAUGACGACGAAAGCUCUUUCUAUCAGAAACCUCGGCAAGUAUGGCUAGAGAAUUUAAAUACCAUAGAAGAAAAGAAAUUGGGCUUGGUCACGUUACAUCCGCACAUCUAUGCGACUGCACCCCGUAUUGAUAUCGUUCACCAGAAUGUGAGAUGGCAAAAAAUGUAUCGCUGGGUUUCUUACGCCCAUACAAAAACACGGGCUGAAGUCCGAGGUGGUGGCAGGAAGCCUUGGCCACAGAAAGGAACGGGACGGGCUCGCCAUGGAAGUAUACGCUCUCCAUUAUGGAAAGGUGGUGGAAUAGCGCAUGGUCCUCGAUCUCCAACACCACACUUUUAUAUGUUACCAUUUUAUACCCGUGUAGCAGGCCUUACCUCAAUGUUAUCCAUCAAACUCGCUCAAGAUGAUCUGCAUAUAAUCGAUGAAUUAGAAAUUCCAACGUCGGAACCUUCCUAUGUGGAGCAGCUCGUCGAAGAGAGGAAUUGGGGACCAUCUGUUCUUUUUGUAGACAGUUAUGACAUUAUGCCCCCAAAUAUCACGUUAGCUACUGAUAAAAUUAAGCAUGUCAAUCUGAUGCCUGUUUAUGGUCUAAAUGUAUAUAGCAUGCUGAAACACAACACUCUAGUACUUACGGAAAAAGCAGCCAGACUAAUAGAAGAAAAAUUACUUUACCACUUACAUAGGGCAGACAGUAAUAAAUUAUGUCGUCCAUUUAGACUUAAUCAAGCAUGAAAAACAAUUUUUAUGAAAUUAAAAACUUGUAUGUCGUAUGUAUUACCGUUUGUAUAUACAGAUUACAUUCUUUGUAUGUACAUAUUUUAAAUAUUGUAUUAUCUAAUAAUAUUCAAAUUAUCAAAUCAUUAAAAAAAUAUAUUUGCUAAAGUGAAAUAGUUUAA